GAUGUUAUGGUCCAGCGCAUUUUGGGACGUGCAGCUGCUUCGACAGAAAAGCGCGCCGAUGACAAUGAGGAAACCAUCAAAACUCGCCUCGCCACCUUUAGAACGAAUACCAGUGCAAUUUUGGAUCAAUAUACCGACAAGACGAUAACGCUCAAUGCCGAACGUACGGCCGAUGAAAUUUUCGUUGAUGUGCAACGUGCAUUGGAUUGUCUGAUUCAAAAGAAGGCUCAGGCGGUUGCAUGCGCCUAAUUUAUGAAUACAUAUCUAUGCCAUGCCACAAAUAAUAUCCAUAAAUAUGUAGAUAAUAAAAUUUACGUGAUUGCACGUAAACCUGUUGUAGCACAAUUGAAACGCGCGCAUACCUAUGUACAUAUAAAUACAUACAUACAUACAUAAGUACAUAUAUUACCAAAGCAAUUGAUAUUAGCUAAUUUAUUAGCGAAAAAGCAAAAGAAAAUAAUUUAUUUAAAAAAUAUAUUGCAAAUACUCGGUACUAAUAUGCGUGCAAUUUUUUCGCAUUGAGCGGAACUACUUACAAUUGCAUAUAUGUAUGUAAUUCUCAACCCAUAAACGCUUGAGUAAUUAUUUAGCCGCCAAAAAAGUUGCAUAAGUGUAGCAAAACAAAAGAAACUAUGAUUAAAAUGGUAAUGAAGUAUGUAUGUGCGUGGUAUGUACACUAAUAAGAGCUGUCUAUGGGAAAUAUGUGCUUUAAUUAUCUAAAAAAUACAAUGUAUGUACUUUAUUUAUUUAAUAACACAAAG